AUGCUCUCGUCGCUUCGCUGCCAACGUGCCAACCUCCUGCGCGCCCAGGAGAGGCGUUUAACCCAAUUGACCCGAGGCCAAGGAUCCAGGAAGGCAUCGACUCUGGCCAAGUACAACUGGGAGGACCCAUUGAGCUUAGAGUCGCAGUUGACGGAGGAAGAAAUUGCCAUUCGGGAUAUGGCACGAGAAUACUGCCAGGAAAACCUGAUGCCUCGAGUGCUCAAGGGCUGGAGGACUGAAGAGUUCGACCGUGACAUCCUCCCUGAGAUGGGCAAGCUCGGACUGCUUGGUCCAACAAUUACCGGUUAUGGCUGCGCCGGCGCAAGUAAUGUCGCGUAUGGUUUGGUCGCUCGGGAAAUUGAAAGGGUUGACUCUGGAUAUCGUUCCACUGCCUCUGUACAAUCCUCUCUUGUGAUGCAUCCCAUAAAUGAAUUUGGAACAGAGGCCCAGAAGGAAAAGUACCUACCGAGAUUGGCGAAGGGAGAGUUGGUUGGGGCAUUCGGCUUGACUGAACCUAACCACGGUUCAGAUCCUGGAGGAAUGGAGACCACGGCGCAGGAGGUCGACGGCGGGUUCGUCCUCAAUGGAAGCAAGACUUGGAUCACCAAUGCCCCGGUCGCCGACGUCUUCAUUGUGUGGGCCAGGUGCAAGUGGGACGGCAGGGUUCGGGGCUUCAUCCUCGAAAAGGGGAUGAAAGGCCUUACUGCCCCAGCCAUCAAGAACAAGGUUGCAUUGCGUGCCUCUGCAACGGGUUCGAUCUUCAUGGACAACGUUAGCGUCCCUCAUGACGCUCUUCUGCCCAAGUCGAGGGGUUUGAGCUCUGCAUUCUCUUGCCUCAACUCUGCUCGUUAUGGUAUUUCAUGGGGUGUCAUGGGUGCCCUUGAAGACUGUCUAGCCAGGACACGCGAAUACGCCCUCGAACGCUACCAAUUCAAACGACCUCUCGCAUCUUUCCAGCUCGUUCAGAAGAAACUUGUGGACGCCCACACAGAAAUUGCUCUUGGCCUUCAAUCAAGCUUGCAAGUUGGUAGACUCAAGGAUCAAGGAAAGGUCGCACCAGAAAUGAUCAGCCUUGUGAAGCGAAACAACUGCGGCAAGGCGUUGCAACACGCGCGAAUCUUGAUUGAUAUUCUGGGAGGAAAUGCUUCUGCAGACGAGUACCAUGUUGGCAGGCAUGUCGCCAACCUCCAGGUUACAAACACGUAUGAAGGCACCCAUGAUAUCCAUGCAUUGAUUCUUGGCAAAGCAAUCACGGAUAUCCCAGCCUUCGCAAAUUAAGCGCUGGGAAUGGCGUCGAUCACAAGGGUGCUAUCAGAAGCUACCGAUCCAUAUUGCAUUUUCAUACUUAGACACCAUCUGACUUUGUAUUUGAACAAGAUAAGCUCUGCUUUCAAGGACUUGAGAACUAAUACAUCUACAUCC